AUUGAUUUAUUUUCACAUUUCUAAUCGGGCGAGUAAGAAUACUUUGCAGUACUGAUAUUGUAAGAAUAUCUUGCAGUAUCGUGGAAGAUACAAGUACGACUGUGGAAAUAAAAGGUCGUCUGGUUACUUAUCUAACGAGAAAAUAAGGAGGAAAUCUGAUGAUCAUAUUGAAAAAUUAAUUCAUCAGAAGAAAUUAUUUUAUACUGCCUGCGCUUCUGACUGCCUUGUGUUUCACUAAAUUCAAUCAUAGGAAUUAUGAAUUUAACAAUUAAAACUGUCCCUUUUUGCUGUAUUUUCAGACAAAAAUUACUUUAAAAUAAAGACCAUAAUUUGGCUUGAAGAUAAGAAUUUAAAAUAAUCUGAUUUUGAAAUAACUGAUUUUUCAAAAUUAGAAUAACAUUUAAAUAAAGCUCGAAGCUAUUCUUAAAACAAAGCUGUUAUCAUAUAAUAAAGCACUGAAAUUUCAAAUAAGAUAUUAAUGAAAUACAAAGUAAAUAUCUGAAAUUUGCAUUUGGAUCAAAGAUGAAUUUUUCAGAGUCCUUUGCGUGUGCAGUUUUGUUAUUCUGUUUUUACCCAAGAUUCAUUUCUAGUGACAAACAGCGUCCUUUUUACAACAUAGGACACAUGGUGAACAGCAUUGAAGAAAUUGAAGAAUUUUUGAAAAAAGGAGCAAACGCUUUAGAAAUAGAUAUUCAGUUCUUCCCCAAUGGCUCGGUGAAAGAGACGAAUCAUGGAAGCCCUUGCGACUGCAGAAGAACUUGUGAUGGCAGAGCUAAUCUCAAAGAUUAUUUGAAACAUCUCAGAAGCAUCACAGAUCCAAACACACCGGGUAAUUAUUACGAACAGCUACCGAUGCUUUUCUUCGAUCUGAAAAUGGAGACAUCAAAUGAUAAAAUAGAAUCUGGACGUGACAUCGCUUGGCAUGUUCUGAAUUACUUAUGGGGUGAUAAUGAAGACAGGGAACAAGAGAUAAAAGUCCUGCUUUCAUUCGAUAACAUUAACGACAAAGAUGUUGUUAUCGGAUUCAGAAACGAAUUCGAACGCCAAGGACAAAAAUCACGCCUAAAAGACGUUGGAUUUGACGGUGGCAGUGGAAGCCUUUCGGACAUCGAGAAAAUUUUUGGCGAUUUAAAAAUAGAAAAUGUUUGGAUUGGUGAUGGGAUGACGAACUGUUUUUCUUUUAUCAGGCCGGAUAUCCGAGUCAAGAAUGCGACAGCCAUCAGGGAUUCUAGCGACGGAUUCAUCGAUAAAGUUUAUAAAUGGACCAUCGAUAUGCAUUUCUUGAUGAGGGAGGCUUUAAAUAUCGGAGUGGACGCAAUGAUCACAAAUGAACCGGACAGACUUCUGGAAGUAAUAAAAGAACCCGAAUUCGAAAGGUCCUUUCGAUUGGCCACUGUGGACGAUAAUCCAUUUGAGAAGUACAUUGACGAAUGACCGGCUGUUCCGGAUAAUCAACAAAUAACAACGGAAAUAACGUUGCCAUGGAUACUACAUAGAAGUCAAAAUAUUUUCAAUGGCAUUGCUUGAGCAUAUUUCCUGCUUCACAAAGGAUACUUAGAAAAUAUUUGGCAAAAUUUUAAAGAGUGACACGGACCAAAAUAAACAUUUUAACAAGAAGAUAUUUUCAAACUGUCUUCCAUCUAUAAAUUAUAGAAUGUAAAAUUUAUAACUGAUAUAAUGCAGUUCUCUGCAAGGAAAACUAAUGGACCUAUAGUUAUCCAAUUUAAAAUGCAGUUGUUUCUUCAAAAAUAGUAGCUAACCCAAGAGAAUUUAUAUUAGAUUUUUGAACGAAAAAUCAAUUUCAAUUUCUUGAAUUUUUCAAAAUUUUUAUUGGUUAAAAAAUUGAUACCUCAAAGGGUUUUUUUUUCUCAACAUUUUUUUGUCUUCUGUGGCAAUAUGUUUGAAAUCACUUCAGAGCAUAUUACCGCAGGAAAGUCAAUAUUGCUGUUAUUUCACCAGUAAAAAAACUUUUAUUCGUUAUUGUUAUUCGCUUUUCAAUAGCACCAAUUUGACUUCCGCAGAUUUUUUUUAUAAUUUUAAUACAUUUUAAAAGUAAUUACAGUUUUCAAAUUAUGCUUUUUUAUUGUUAUAAAGGAAUUUAAUCCAUUUUUGUAGUUUCAACAAAUUUCUCAUUUGAGUGCUUUUGCGAAUAAUUUAAUAAACUGUUAAUCCAUAAUUGAAAAAUUGGUUUCUUGGAAAAUUAAUUUCAAAGCGCAGUUUUCACUUUUUCUUAUAUUAGCAUGAUAAUGCUUUAGGCUGGUAUUCUUUCUACAGAUUAAAUUAUGUAAAAUAUCGUUACACAUAUCCCUGGUAGCCCAGCCUGCUGCACAAUAUUGUACAAUAUUAAGCGAUAUUAUAUUAUAUCAAUCAAUAUUUCACACUAUUAUACAAUAUUGCGAAUACUGAUCAAUGCCAUACAAUAUUGUACAAUAUUAAGCGAUAUUAUAUUAUAUCAAUCAAUAUUUCACAAUAUUAUACAAUAUUGCGAAUACUGAUCAAUGCCAUACAAUAUUGUACAAUAUUAAGCGAUAUUAUAUUAUAUCAAUCAAUAUUUCACACUAUUAUACAAUAUUGCGAAUACU